GGGGUCUCAGGUCUUACCAUAUUUGGUAAUACUAGUCCCGUUGGUAGAUCAUGUUCUAGUCUUCUAGAUCUAAGGCGCCUUGUUUAUCUCUCUCGCAGACAAAUAACGCACAAUCUUUCGUCUUCCCAAUCAUCUUAUCGUUUCUCUCUCUGAGUUGUCCCGCACUCAAUACAGCCAAAAACAGACCACAAUGGGCAAGUUAAAAGACUACAUAACAACCGACCGAAGCGGUAUAACCGAAAACCGCCAUCAAGUCCACGCCGCAAUAGUCUCUGCCGAUGGGAAACUCCUCUACAGCGUCGGCGAUCCGUCCCGAAUAACGCUACUCCGCUCUGCCGCCAAACCAGCCCAAGCCCUCGCCGUCGUCUCCACGGGGGCACUGGAAAAGUUCAACUUCGAUGAGGCCGACCUUGCUCUCAUGUGCGCUUCGCACAAUAGCGAGGACAGACAUCUUUCCCGGGCUCGGGACAUGCUCCUGAAGGUUUCCGCAGAGGAAAAGGAUCUCCGCUGCGGCGGCCAUGCCGCAUUAUCCGAGACGGUGAAUCGGGAGUGGAUUAGAAGGGAUUAUACGCCAACGGCUAUCACGAAUAACUGUUCCGGGAAGCAUGCGGGUAUGCUCGGCGGCGCGAGGGCGUUGGGGGCGGAGAUUCGAGAUUAUCAUCUGCCCUGUAACCCGCUGCAGCGGAGGGUCAGAGAGGUAGUGGAAGAGUUGGCGGGGCUUGAGACUGCACCUGACGGUGUGUUAUGGGGUAUUGAUGGGUGUAACUUGCCGGCGCCAGCGUUUCCGUUACAGAAUAUGGCGAAGUUCUAUGCGGUAUUUGCGGAGGCGGCGGGUGCCGUUGAGGAUGCUGGGAGCGCUUCUGGGAAAGAAAGAGAUAUGGCGCGAAUCUUCAACGCCAUGACGCGGUACCCUGAGCUUGUUGGUGGAGAGGGGAGGUUUUGUACGGUGCUUAUGCGGGUGUUUCGGGGAACACUCAUUGGAAAGGUUGGGGCCGAUGGGUGUUAUGGGAUCGGCAUACAAGCCUCGGAGUAUACCAGAAGACUUGGAGCAGACGGUGCAGUGGGACUUGCAGUUAAGAUCGAGGAUGGAAACAGAGAAAUCCUUUAUUCGGCUGUGGUCGAGAUCCUGGACCAGCUGGAUAUAGGUACUCCGGAUAUGCGACGGGAGCUGGCUUCGUUUCACCAUCCGGAGAUUGUUAAUACUGCGGGCGUUGUUACGGGGUCGACCGCUCACCAUUUUCAUGUUUGCGUUUCAUAGUUGAAUUAUGGCUUUGGGUAUUAAGCUACUUUGGUGCUACUUUGUUCGUUGUGCUACUAUAGACACAAGGGCAGGGAUUAUAAUGACGCUAGGAGGCUGGACGACAUAGCUUGUUACAAAUACCAUCUUGAUGACC